AUGGUUCAAGACGAUUGUUUUGUGAAUGAAAAGGAUGAGAUAUUAAGAACUUUAGGAGUAUUCAAGGAUCAAUGUGGAAUCCUCAGACUAAAAACUAAACUUACCUUUCGUGAAGAUACAGAAGACUUUAAAAAGCCAGCUAUUCUUCCAUCCAAUCAUGAGGUUGUCAAGAGACUAAUGCGAUACUAUCAUGAGAAAAAUGCACAUGCUGGUACUCAAAUUUUAAUAAAUAUUCUACGAGAGAGAUUUUGGAAUCUGAAUGCUCGUAAAACUGUGAGAUCUAUCAUCAAUCAAUGCACAGUGUGUAGAAGAUUUUCUGAAAAGAACCUAGAAACUUGUACUGGGGCUCCUCCAGAAGAUAGAUUACGAGAAGCAGCUGUAUUUGAAAUCUGUGGAGUUGAUCUUGCGGGACCAGUAAUCCUGAAAGGCAACAAAAAAUCUUGGGUUUGUUUAUUCACCUGCGCUAUUUAUAGGGUAGUCCAUUUAAAGUUGGUUGAAUCGAUGUCUACCGAGAGUUUUCUACUAGCUCUUAGAAGAUUUAGAGCUCAUAGAGGACGGAGCAGAAUCAUAUACUGUGACAACGGAACCAAUUUUGUUGGUGCUUCAAAUGUACUUCAAGACUUAAACUGGAAGCAAAUCACUGAAGACACAUCUAUACCACCAAUUCAGUGGAAGUUCAACCCACCAACUGCCUCCUGGUGGGGAGGCUGGUGGGAGAGAUUGAUAGGAAUUCUUAAGAAAUUGCUGAGACGAGUAUUAGGAGGAGCUUCGCUAACUUCUGAAGAAAUGAACACGACUCUCUGUGACUGUGAAGCAGUAAUUAAUUCCCGUCCAUUGACAUAUGUAACUGAAAGUGAUGCUACUUUAAUGCCUUUAAGUCCAUCUCUAUUUCUGCAAGGUAAUCAAAUAAGUGGUGUUCCAGAUCUUGAUGACAUUGGGCAUAAAAGUCUUAAUAAGUGA